AAGAGUGCCCAUAUCGUAAACCAUUUUAGCGAUAACGGAAAGGUACCAGACAGACAGCUAACCUUUUGGCCAAUUUGUUUUUCCUUUUUCUCUUCAACUCUCUCUUUCUCUUACAACCUUCCAGUCUUCCCAUCUCAAAUCUUGCCGCUAUUCUGCUUUUCUUGGAAUUUGAUGAAUUAGCUGAAAUUUUAAAAGGAGCUGUUUGCUUUAUUUCAAGGGUUUGUGAAGGAAGUGUAGAGAAUGGCGUGUAAAGGGUUUUGGGAGUGCUUGUUGAAGCUCUUGAACUUCUUGUUGACCCUUGUUGGUUUGGCAAUGGUGGGGUAUGGUAUUUACCUCUUUGUUGAGUACAAAAAUCAUUCGUCCUCUGGGGAUGAUUACCCGGUUGCACCUACAAGUAGUGCUGAAGUGAUUGAGCUCGGUCGUCCAAUGUUGAUGGCUGUAUCUGUGGCUGAAAACAUCUUUGAUAAACUUCCAAAAGCUUGGUUCAUAUACUUAUUCAUUGGUAUUGGAGCAGUUCUUGUUGUUGUAUCUUGCUGUGGUUGCAUUGGAGCGGCAACAAGGAACGGAUGCUGCCUGAGUUGUUACUCUGUGCUGCUUUUCUUGUUGAUCUUGGUAGAGCUUGGUGCUGCUGGUUUUAUAUUCUUUGACAAAAGCUGGAGAGAGGAAAUUCCAAGUGACAAAACGGGCAACUUUGAUACAAUCUAUGAAUUUCUGGAGGACCACUGGAAGAUUAUCAAGUGGGUUGCCCUUGGGGCUGUUAUUUUGGAGGCUCUUAUAUUCUUAUUGGCCCUCGUUGUAAGGGCAGCGAAUAGACCAGCAGACUAUGAUAGUGAUGAUGAGUACAUAGGUGGUCCCAGACAACAAAUCCGUCAGCCACUGAUCAACAAUAGGCCACCGAAUCCUGCAACUGGUGUCCCUGUUGCUGGUACCCUUGAUAAUCGUCCGAGUAGAAAUGAUGCAUGGAGUACACGCAUGAGGGAAAAGUAUGGGCUCGAUACAUCGGAGUUCACUUACAACCCAUCGGACUCAAACAGAUAUCCGCAAACUGCCGUACAGCCACAAGAGGAAAGGAAGGGUUGUGCCAUAAUGUAAUGAUGGGCUUAUGGAGGACUCAUGAUUGUGUUUGUUUGUGUAAUUUAGUCUGGUGUGAGGUAUUUGUGUCUUUUGUAAGCAUUUUCUCUUUGUGGAGUCUAUGUACAAAACACAGUUUUCAGGAUCUUCACUUGUCUUAACAGCACAUUUUGAAGGCUAAUAUCUCUUCAGUUUAUUAAACAUGAUUAAUGACAGUGUUUGGUUCUUGUCAGAAUCAUGUAAAAGAAGAUGAAAUUGAACUUCAGGGAAGUAGUUUUCUAUA